AUGACUACGGAAUGGUGUAGAGGGCCACCCUAUGGAUUGGUUUGUAGCCACCGCAAUGGGUGGGGAGGGGAGUGGGGAGAGGUGUGGGUGAGUGGCAGUGGUGACUUUAUUCAUGAGGAUGUAGAGCGAUGUGGUGGUCGACCUUGGUUGCGGGUGGCCAUGGAAGAUUUUAAUGACUUUAUUGAUUCUUGUGGCUUGACUGAGAUGAAGUCGGUAGGGAGUAAAUUUUCUUGGUGCAAUGGUCAGCAGGGGAUGGCUCGAUCCUGGUCGAAGCUUGACCGUCAUUUGUUAAACACAGUGGCUGCCAAUCUAAUGUCUGAGGCGUUCGUGAAAUAUCUGCCCUGCACCACUUCGGACCAUGCUCCGAUGUCCUUUGUGCUGAAGCCUCCUUUUUCUCGGUAUGCAAGAAAAUUAAAAGAGUUGAAGUCGGUUCUUAAGGAAUGGAAUCUUAGAGUUUUUGGGCGCACUGAGGAUAAUAUUCAGAGAUUAGAAAGGCAAAUUGAACGUUUGGAAGCCUGUAGUGCAGGAGAUGCACUUGCGGGUGGCUCUACCUUGGAUAGUCAUGAAGCUAUCCAUUCGGGUGCAGUGGAUUUUUUCAGCUCGUUUCUUAGUGUUCGACCUCGUAGGGACCUUUCGAACCUGUCUUUGCGUGUGGAGAAGACUAUUUUGGAGGAGGAAAACAAUGGUCUUAUACAACUCCCUUCAAUCCAAGAGGUGAAAGAUGCUAUGUUCUCAAUCUUGAUAGAUAGUAGUCCAGGUCCGGAUGGCUUUGGAUCUGGAUUUUAUAGAUCGUGUUGGGAUAUCGUUGAAGUUGAUGUGGUGGAAGCGGUAAGAGACCUCUUUUGUGGGAUUCCUUUGCCGAGAUUUUAUUCGGCUUCUUACAUUGUUCUUAUUCCGAAAGUCCAACAACCUACUGGUUUUGAUAAGUUUCGUUCGAUAAGCUUAUGUUUAGUAGUCUACAAGGUUUUCUCCAAAAUUCUGGUUCGUAGGCUGUCGCCUAUUUUGAGUAAAAUUGUCUCCCCGAAACAAGGUGCCUUCUUACCUGGUAGAAGUAUUUAUAAGAAUAUUGCUCUGGCCCAAGAAAUAGUUCAUAUGAUUAACAAACAGGUUCGUGGUGGCAAUGUCCUUAUUAAAGUGGAUAUGGAAAAGGCGUAUGAUAGUCAGAAGGUGAGCAAAGAGAAGUCUUCAAUAUUUUUCUCUAAGCUUAUUCCUGCUGUUGUGAGACAGUAUUCCUUGCGCCUAACGUCUUUCACGGAAUGUCUGUUCCCUGUGAAAUAUCUGGGGGCCCCUCUUGUUGUUGGUCGUUUAAAGCAUGUUGUAUCUAGUAUUCCAGUUCACUUGUUCUCUGUGGUUCUUGCGCCUAAGGCUCUACUGGGUGCUUUGAAUCGCCUCUUGAGCAAUUUCUUCUGGAGUUUUUCGGAUGGUAAGCCAAAGCGAAAAUGGGUCGGGUGGCAUAAGAUUUGUACACCAGUCCAAGAGGGAGGCUUGGGUUUGCGGAAGUUGGAGGAAGUUCAAAACGCCCUUUUCAUGAAGUUUGCAUGGAAGUUUUUGUCUCAGCAAUCACUAUGGUCUCUUUUUUUUCAAGGCUAA